GAAGAUUGUCUGCAGAUUGUUCGAUCUCAUGUGUCUCAGUCAUGCAAACAAACAUGGCGGAACCCAUAGAGCUGCUCUGCUGGGGAGACGACUGGGAUCUGCCGUCCGUCCACACAGAUUCUCUCAUCGUGCUGGCGUAUGCAAAAUUUGCGUACGCCAAGCUUACAGUGAAGUGUAUUGACUGGACAUGGAGAACUAUAACAGCCUCAGUGCCACAACUACACCAUGAGGGAUCUACUGUCACAGAACCAACACAGAUUCUAAACUUCCUGAGAAAGAAGAGAUUCAAUGCAGACUACGAGUUGACUGCUAAAGAAGGGGCAGAUACAAUGGCUUAUAUUGCACUGCUGGAGGAAAAACUGCGACCAGCUCUGCUCCACACAUUCUGGGUGGAUGCAGAGAAUUAUGCUAACCUGACCCGGCCCUGGUUUUCUUCACAUUCUCCAUUCCCCCUCAACUUCUUUGUACCGGGUCGACAGGCUAGCUUGGCUCUGUCGCGUAUAUUAUUGACCAAAGGAGAGUCGCCAUUGCUUAACAUCACAGAGGUAGAGGGAAAGAUCUACAGUGAAGCCAAAGAGGGCCUGAAUUUACUCUCACACAGACUUGGAAACUCCAACUACUUCUUUGGAAACAUGCCUACAAGCCUGGAUGCGUUUGUGUUUGGUUAUAUCGCCCCCCUCCUUAAAGCCCCUCUGCCCAGCGGGCAACUUCAGAAGCACCUGAACCAGCUUGAUAAUCUGUGCCAGUUCUGCAAUACCAUCCUUAAAAAUUACUUUACCGAUGCCAUAGCUGAGAAGAAAAUGGACGGCGCACUGACGGCUUCCAAUGAUCUUGUUGAUGCAAACCUCCAGAAACUGACACAGCUUGUUAACAAAGAGUCCAACCUUAUUGAAAAGAUGGAUGGCAAUCUUCGCAGCAGUCCCCAGCACAGACCACACAGACAUGAGGCCAAACCUUCAGCCCUUACCAGUGAGAGGAACUCGACCCCUGCCUGACAGCCCCCCCCCAUAACCACUGACAUAUUCAUUAUUUAUUUAUUCAUCAAGGAAGAGGAUUGCACUGGAAAGGAUUUCCAAAGCUACACCCAUCAUAUUAAAACUCUAAUGGACUGAUAAGGUCAUAAUAAAUGAAUGCCAGUUUUUCAUAAUGAUGCUGAGAUAUGGGGUAGAGAUUUGCUUGUCUUCUGUGGCAUGAGUAAUUGAUUUUGCAACACAGCAACCAUGGAUUUUAUAAAGGGCUAGUUUAAUGGGCAUUCUUUGUAUUUAAGAAUGAUUAGCACAUGUGGUACCUACAUAUUAAAAGAGAAAUUAUAAUAGCAACAUCGAACUGUCAAUUGAUGAUUGUUAAGAUAUUUAAUGGAGAUGUAAGACCAGUUGCCUCCAGUUAAAGCACUUUGCUUUUCAUUUAAAUUACUAUACAGUAUAUGGAAUUGUGCACAGGCAGGCUUCCCAAAUGUAAUUGAACUGUUUGGUGUGGGGUUUUUUUGUUUAAUAGUGUUUAAUAUUUAAUCACCUUGCUUGGACAUAAUUACAGUGCAGUUUUACAUAGUUUUACAUGGAAAUAAGACCUAGUAUUGGUCUAGGUUGUUCUAUAUGUAGCUGAGUAGGAUUAUGAUAACCAUAGCUCUCAUUUGAUCUGGACAACUUUCUGAAAGUAUUGGGUUGUGCUCACAAUGUCUGAUUGGUUUUUCGAGUUGAAUUAUUAAUUGAUGUUUUUCCUGAAAAGUCUUGUUUUGAGAGCCACAUACUGUAUUAUUAAUGAGGAUGUGAGGUCACAUAGUGGCAGUUGUUUCAGCUUUUAUUUGUUGUUUAUAAUAAUUAAUAUUAGAGGUCUAAAUGUAUUUUUCCAUAAGGUUCAUAAAGCUCCUGUUUAAGUGCACAUGGCAUGCCAGGUGUCAUUUACUGUAUUAAUUGAAUGUCCUCCAUGUGCCUCAUUACAGCAUAACUGAUUUGAAUUUGUCCAUUCCAUAUUCUGCUCUGAUCUCAUUCUUGAUUACGUGACUUUUACUUCUAUUGCAAAGAGAUCACUUCAUAUGGUGUCAUUUUUGUGUACUGUGUAUACAUUUAUUAUUAUUAUUCAUAUUCCUCUGGACAUUUUAGACAUGAAAGAAAGGCCUUAAAUGCCCACUGCAGUGCCAUGCCCUCACUUGACUUUUAUUGUUGUGUUUCGAGAAACUGUAUAUUUCAUUAUAUAUUAAUGUACAGGAAUGUUCACAUAUAUGUACAUAUGCAAUCAAAUAAAGUUCUUUGAUAUA